GCCGGGAUGGAGGCGGGGCUGGCGGCCGGGUCAGGAAGGAGGGAGAGAGCGAAGGGGCCGGGGAGGCGGACAGGGGAGCUUGGACAGGCUCUCCAGCCGCUGUUGGCUCCCGGAGGGAGCCGGCCAUGGAUGCCAAUACGCUGGAGCUGGACGCGGUGAAGUUCGCGCAACUGGCAGUGCAGCGGGACCAGAGUGGACGCUACCAGGAAGCCGUCUUCUACUACAAGGAAGCCGCACAAGCCUUGAUUUAUGCUGGGAUGGCAGGGUCGAACUUGGAAAACAUUCAAGAAAAAAUAAAUGAGUACUUGGAGAGAGUUCAAGCUCUCCAUUCAGCAGUUCAGUCACAGAACACGGAUCCUCUGAAGUCGAAACAGCAAUUGGACUUGGAGCGUGCUCACUUCCUAGUUACACAGGCUUUUGAUGAAGAUGAUAAAGGGAAUGCAGAAGAAGCUAUAGAGUUGUACACAGAAGCGGUGGAACUCUGUUUGAAAACAGCUACUGAAACUGCAGAAGCAGGCCUCCAGUCAAAACUGAAACAGCUGGCUCGACAAGCACUGGAUAGAGCAGAGGCACUGAAGGAAUCUGUGUCAAAGUCAUCUCAGAAGGAGAAGUCAACUGCAGCGAAACCAAAUCAGCCAGUGAGAACAUUCUUUCCAUUGGGACCAGAUUUUUCUUUAAACGAUAGACCACAGACAAUCAGAGCAGUACAGGCUAGUGAAUCUCAAGGUCAGAGAUACACUGCAGAGGAGAUUGAAGUACUCAGGAAGACUUCAAAAAUUAAUGGUAUUGAGUAUGUACCUUUCAUGAGUGUUGAUCUGAGAGAACGUUUUGCCUUCCCUAUGCCUUUCUCUGAUAAAUGUGGGAAGUUACCAUUAUCCCCUAAACAGAAAGCAAUGUUUGCCAAGUGGGUGCGACCAGAUGACAUAACAAAUAACCCUACAAUGAUAUACACUGUAUCAAGUUUCAGCAUAAAGCAGACAAUAGUGUCAGAUUGUUCUUUUGUGGCAUCACUAGCUAUCAGUGCAGCGUAUGAAAGAAGAUAUAACAAAAAAUUAAUCACCAGUAUAAUUUACCCCCAAAAUAAGAAGGGAGAACCAGAAUAUAAUCCAUGUGGCAAAUACAUGGUGAAGCUUCAUAUCAAUGGUGUACCCAGAAAGGUAAUCAUAGAUGACCAAUUACCUGUUGAUCACAGUGGAGAACUUCUCUGUUCUUAUUCUAACAAUAAGAAUGAAUUAUGGGUAUCUCUAAUAGAAAAAGCUUACAUGAAGGUCAUGGGAGGAUAUGAUUUUCCUGGAUCAAAUUCUAAUAUUGAUCUCCAUGCAUUGACUGGUUGGAUACCUGAAAGAAUUGCUAUGCACUCUGACAAUCAAGCUUUCAAUAAAGAUAGUACUUUCAGAAUGCUUUAUCAGAGAUUUCACAAGGGAGAUGUCCUUGUCACAACAGCAACAGGGGUGAUGUCUGAAGAGGAAGGUGAAAAGUGGGGUUUAGUUCCAACCCAUGCAUACGCAGUCUUGGAUAUAAGAGAAUAUAAGGGACUUCGAUUUCUUCAGUUGAAAAAUCCAUGGAGUCACUUGCGUUGGAAGGGGCGGUACAGUGAAAAUGACACAAGAAAUUGGACCCCAGAUUUACAAAAAUACUUGAAUUUUGAUCCCAGAACAGCCCAAAAAAUAGACAAUGGCAUUUUCUGGAUUUCCUGGGAGGACCUGUGCCAGUACUAUGAUGUCAUUUAUUUGAGUUGGAACCCAAGUCUUUUUAAAGAAUCUACAUGUAUUCACAGUACUUGGGAUGCAAAGCAGGGGCCAGUGAAGGAUGCCUACAGCCUGGCUAAUAAUCCUCAGUACAAGCUGGAGGUCCAGUGCCCACAAGGUGGUGCUGCUGUCUGGGUUCUUCUCAGCAGGCACAUCACAGAUAAGGAUGACUUUGCACACAAUCGGGAAUUCAUUACAAUGGUUGUAUACAAGACUGAUGGUAAAAAAGUUUACUAUCCAGCUGAUCCUCCUCCAUAUAUUGAUGGUAUUCGUAUCAACAGUCCUCAUUAUCUGACCAAGAUAAAGCUGACCUCUCCAGGGCCCCAUAUUUUUACCUUAGUGGUGUCCCAGUAUGAGAAACAAAACACUAUCCACUACACCAUCAGGGUGUAUUCCUUGUGCAAGUUCACCUUUUCCAAGAUUCCUACACCCUACACCAUUUCCAAACGGGUUAAUGGACAGUGGACAGGUCACAGUGCUGGAGGAUGUGGAAAUUUCAGAGACAGCUACAAAAAUAACCCUAUUUAUCAAUUCCAGCUGGACAAGAAUGGGCCAUUACUAAUUGAACUACGAGGACCAAGGCAAUACAGCGUUGGGUUUGAACUCAUCACAGUCUCAACAGCAGGAGAUCCUGGGUCCCAUGGCUUUCAGAAAAAGAGCAGUGGUGACUACAGGUGUGGAUUUUGCUACUUGGAAGUGGAGAACAUAUUUGCAGGAGUUUACAACAUCAUCCCCACCACAUUCCUGCCUCAUCAAGAGGGUCCUUUUUUCUUAGAUUUUAACAGUGUUACUACUUUGAAGGUGUCACAGCUGCAGUGAGGAGACAGAUGUGUGCAUUGCUGCUUAAAGAGGUGGUUUUGAUCUAUCCCACAGUCUGAGAUCAGAUGAAUAACUCUUACUACACAUAUGUGUAGAAGAAAACCAGUUGAAGUUAUAGUCAAAAGCAGGAAAUCACCAGCUGGCCAGUUUUAGAUUUUGCUGCUAUGUGAUUGGAGUGAGCAUUGUUCAACAGGCUUGUGAAUGGGCUAAAAUGCUUAUAUUUAAAUAAUAAGAGAACUCAAUUUAUUGCAGUCUUUCCACAGUUCAGAUGAAAUUCUAGUAAGCUAAGAGAAAAAUUCUGAAAUCCUCUUCUCACAAAAUACAAGGUACAUAGGUUUAAGAUUUUUAUUCUUAAAAGUAAACAUGAAAGAAAAAAUAUUCUUGUGUUAUUCUGCUUAUUCAGUCUCAGGACCAAAUAGCUUUUACUACAUAUUUGUGCUGCUAUCUUGAAUGUUGUCAGCAUUGAACUAGUUAUCAAAUCUAAAUGUAAAUUUACUACUAGUGAGCAGGUGUAGUAUUCCAGACUAAUGUGCUUGGCUUAUCUAGAAUAUGUAUAUAGGAAUAAAGGAAAAAGAAAAUUCCUGCUUUAGCUAUUUCUGAAAGCAAAGCAAUACUGUUAUUUCAUUGAUAUCUGUAUUACUUUAUACAUAAUAUUACAGCACAUGGUACUCUAUGGCUUUCUUCCUACCAGCUGUAAGACCUAGCUUGAUCCAGACCAGCAGUAAAUUCAGGAGGUGAAGCAGCAGCAAGGUACAGGCAGUGCAGCACACCCUUUGUUUAGCAGCUCUGGAAGGUUUUCAUCUAAAGCUGCACUGAAAGAUUCACUGUACCUACUGAAGCCCAUCUCAUUUCCUAGUGUGAGGAGGUUGGGAACUGCCCAGCAUCUGCAUCCAAGCAAAGAAAUAGGUUAUCCUUAACUUUUUUAUAAGGAUUCAGCUUGUAGGGGAAGGAUCAUUUUAAACCUCUCCCCCAAAUAAUCCACAGCUGAUCCCAUUAUGCAAGCCAUUUCUUAAAAUAUACCUUUUUCUUCUUUACCUUCUUUGGUGUUGAAACUAUUGAAUGAAUUAAGCACUUGGCCAGUGGGAUCAAUAUGCAUAGGGUCAGAGUUCUUCAGAAAAUAGUGGAAGGGGAUUAGUGCCAAACAAGAAUUUUUAGAAGCCUACUACUGUGCUCUUCUUCUAGACGACUUAUAUUUACAUUGUGUCUGAAGAGAAUUAAAGAUAGCCAAGUUGUAAUUUAAAUACUAACCACCUCACUGAUCCUAAAAAUUGGAUUUGUUUUUGUCCUUUUAUACGGGAUAGACUUUAAAUUCCACUAUAUUUGACAGCUGGGGAGAGGGUGUUUCUGAAAACAGCUGUAGGAAGGCCUUUGCCAUUCAGGUUGGUCUGGCUGUUUUCCAAGUAGAAAAGUAGCAUUGAAACCUUAUUUUAGAGCACAGGUGUGCCAUUUGGUCAGUGGGAGACUGAGCACACAUGCUAUGGGAGCAUCAGAAAUACUGAUAAAUCUUUUCCUGCAGAAGUUUGUUAUUAGCUUUCUCCAGAAAGUGCCAGAUACCUUUUGUUUCAUUUCAUUACCAGAUAGCCGCUUAACAAAUGUCAGGCUUUAAAAUGGCAUCGACAACACCCACCUCUCUGACUGCAGCUAUCUCAAAGACCACAUCUGGGCUAGGAAAUUUCUGACAAGUUGAUCUAUGUGUGACCUGGUUUUGCAGGGAAGUUUUGAUGAUUAAUUGUAACACAUCAACACAGGGAACAGCGUGAGCGAACAAGCUGAGGAUGAGGAACAAGAUGAGCAUGGGGAACAAGCUGAGCGAAGACAGAUUAGGUUCUUUGUGGUUAUCCUUGGCUUUUGGGAAUAUGCACCAAGGACUGCUUGAUCGCUGCCAAGAUACGAUUUCUUUCAACUUGCAUUUUUCAUACAGUGGUUUUAGCUUAGGGUAAACCAGGAUGACAAGGGAGUUCUGCAUAUAUUUUUAUCCCCUGUGAAGUUAGUUAGGAAGUCUCAACCAAGUGUUUUUUGAGACUACAGGAGGCAGAUGCCAAAGCUGCCAGCUUUCAUCCUAAGUUCUUGCACAUCCUUAGCUGUCUGAGAUCAAGCUGGUAGACUUGCCUACAGUAAAAUAUGUUGUUCUUCCUCUGUAGUUGGUGUCUGCUCUGCAGGAAGGGGCAUUUUUUUUUCUCCCUUACCCCCCCUCUGAAUACAAGCUAGUGCCAAAGUUUAUGCUGGAGGAAACAAACACAAGGCUCAGCUUCCAUACUGUGCUAAACUAAAGGCAGGGAAUGUGCUCACUUUGUUAAUGCCAGACAAAGGCAUUAAGGACAAGGGACCCUGUCCCCACCAGGAUACACCAAUACAUGCAGUACAGUCAGUGGAUUGGGCUGUAACUGCAUGGGAUCUUAGCAUGAGGCAAGUCCUAUUCACACACUGCACCUACAUAGGCUUGUUCAUUUUUCUUUUAAAAAAAUUAUAUAAGCACUUAAGAUUUGCUGUGGUAUUUUCUAUUAAAUAAAUCUAUAUUUUUUUCCACAAAUCUGAAAAAUUAUUGGAGAAUUAACUGAUUUCUGGAUUAUAACACAGCUGCAGCGCAAUAUAUAGGUUAAGCUUUUUCCCCCCUCCUGCACCAUUUAGCAUUUUUGAUCCAUAUGACAGAAUAUUAGCUGCUGAUGUAAGUAUGGAAAUGUUACACAGCAAGACUUUUAUUGGAGACCUGUGUGUGCAAAAAAAAUUGAUAUAGCUGCAUGAUAGCUCAGAUUGUAACAAAGGUAUGUCAUUCAUUGCUACUUCACUUCCAGUCAGACAGACCCUUAAGUCUUCUCUGCCUGUAAACACACAAUUCAAGCUUGCAAACAUUAAAAUUCAAAGCCUCAAUUAAAGAUACCACCAGGCACCCUGUCCUCCUAACUUGUUUGUCACAUAUCAUACAGGUCUGAGCUACUGCCCAAGCUACAGGACAAGGGGCAUAGCUGACAAAAUGGGAGCCAGUUGCUGUAAGGGGCUUUAAGAAGAUUUGCACUUUCUUUCUUUGACUCACUAAGGGAAGACUACUAUAAAGAAAUUAUUUUUAACUCUUUAUCAGUGGUGCAGAGGGAUAACUGGAGAUAGCCUCUUCAGGACUUUUGAUAUUUUCCUUACUUAUGCAAUGCAAAGCCCUUUCUGUGUUUUGUUUUUUUUUUUUUUAUCCUGCCUUAAGCUCCAUUCAAGACUCCACAAUGCUCCUGGUUGUAGCUGAUGGUGAGAGACCCCUGCAGACACAUACAUUCUUCAUUUUGUUUUGUUCAAGACACAGGUUAGGCCUUGGUUAAUCUGAUCCAUCAGUUCUCAAAGACUCAAGUGAGCAGCAGUACUUACCUGAGUGGCAUCAGCAGC